AUGGCAAGUAAAAAAGUGAUGAUUCGUUGGGAUACAAAGUGUGCGUGGAAUGGAUGUCAACAGCCAGUUCCGCGAAAAGACAUCGAUCCACCGAAACCGGCCAGCUUAGCAGAAGGCGAAAGAAUCAGAGUGAAGUUUUCUGGAAGGUGGUACAACGCAUUCGUGGUUACAUCGUGGUCAAAAGAACAAAAAGGUUAGUGUUUUUAUAGUAUAUUGUUCCUUGGAAUUUCCUCAGCCAUUGUCCUAUUCAGGAUAUGAGAUUUAUUAGAGUCUUGCCCCUGCAAAACACCUUCGAUCUUAACCAUUCCGUCUUAUCCCGUGGGAGCAGGGAUAGCACAGUGUUGAAAGCAUGACACUGCUCCGAGAUGCUUUUCUCUGGGUGCUCUGGUGGUUUCCAUUUUUUCGUCCCCUAAGCAAGAAAUUUCACUAAAAGUUACGGCUAGUUUCAAUUUAAUAUGGUUUGACCUAAAUUGGUGGUUACAUUUUUAACAGGUGUUGCAAAAAACAAAAGCGCGAAAACUAAGAAGCGUGUUGACCCAAGUGACGAUGAUGUAGCUCCUACAGUCCCAAAAAGAAAAAAAGAGGAAAACCUUUAUAAAAACUUCUUGGAGGAGAAAAGUCAAAGGGAGUCAGGCUGGCGUUUGAUGCGCGUGGGCAAUAAAAAACAGAGGGGUGAAGUACGAGGGGAAGAGAAAGUACAUGAAGGAAAGAGUGACGAAAAGGACAGUGACUUGGGGAAAGAGAGCCAACAGAUAGAGAUGGUGAGAAUGGAGAAGGAAAGGAGGGAAAGGGAAGUGGAAAUUUGGCAGGAAGAAAAGAGAAAAUGGGAAGAAGAAUGGAGAAGGGAGGAAUUGGAAAGAAGGGAGAAGGAAAGGAGAGAAUGGGAAGAGAAAUGGAAAAAAGAGGAAUUGGAAAGAAGGAAGAAGGAAAAGAGAGAAGGGGAGGAGAAAUGGCGUAAAGAAGAAGUGGAAAGAAGAGAGAGAGAAAGAAAAGAAUGGGAAGAGGAAAGAAGAAAGGAAGAGGUGGAAAGAAGGGAGACAGAAAAGAGAGAGUGGGAAGACGAGAGGAGACGCCAAGAUGUGGAAAGAAAAGAGAAAGAGAGGAGAGAAUUGGAAGAGGAAAGGAGGAAGGAGGACGUCCAACAUAGAGAGAGCCUGUAA